UUUCAAGGUGACAAGGAGAAAGGCUUUUAGCUCAAACAGAAAUGGUUCCUGGCCAAAGCACUGAAGUCAGUGUUUUUGACUACUUGGGGACUGACGGUUAUCAGUCAGACGUGGACUACCUCAAGCGUGUGGACAAUUUCCAAAGCAGCUCCACCAUUAAGAGGCUAAGCCUUAAGAGGCGGCCCAGAGUGGCUGUCAAUCAUGCAGACAAAACACAGAGUGGGAUUUCUUCCAGGCAAUGUCAUUCUGAAGAAUCCCUGUCGUCAUCUAGCACCGAUGACACAAACAAACCAGGCGUGCCUUCCACAACCAGGGGUCGACCACCCCUCCCUCGUCCACAUGGUUCCUCCUUGGAUAACAAGCUUUUAAUGAACGACGGACCAGCAAAGUCUCAAAUACCUACAGAGUCAAAGCCUCAGCCUGCUGUGAGAUCCCUCGCUUCACAACGAUCGAACCCUGUGGUGGAAAAGACCAACAAGAACCUGGAGCAGGAGCUGAACAGGCAGCCUCCACCUCAGCCUCAACCUCGGCGACGGCUGGCCAGCUUCGGCGGAGUGAGCUCCCCAGGAUCACCGUCCCCCUUCACCAGCCCAGGAGCUUUUAACCAGAACAACAAUUGGAACAAAGCAAGUGACACAGACGGUCAGAAGCACGUCCACCUUAGCUCAUCCCUCGGCAGCAGAGGCAGCACGGGGUGCCUGAGACUGAGUCCGCAGAGCUCUGGUAGAACCACCCCAGUUACAAGCGUUGGCUCCCUCCACCUGCAGCAUGUCCGUGAUCAGAUGGUGGUUGCUCUGGAGAGGCUGAAGGAGCUGGAGGAGCAGGUGAAAACAAUCCCGAUCCUUCAGGUAAAAAUCUCAGUCCUUCAGGAGGAAAAGCGGCAACUCGCGUCCCAGCUCAAGAAUCACAGCGGCAAUGAGGACAUGAGCGAUGUCACCUGGGGGAGAGCUUAUAGCAUAGAAAUGUCUGAUACUGAGAACAAAGUGAAUACUGAGGAAGAAUGCGAAGGUGAGAAUGACCCCAUCAACCCCAAGGAAUUUAAGAAACUAACUGAAGAAAUUAAUGUGCUGGAAAGAACAAUUAAAGGAGGACAUUUACAUGCACGGAAUGGAGAAAAGACAGUCACCGAAAUGAGUGAUAAUGGCAUCAUGUUGUCUAAACCAAUAAAAGAAAGCAAAUAUAUGGAUACUAAUCAAAAGGACACAAGGUCCGUUACAACACAGGUGUCAGAGGUGAAUCUUGGAAUUUGCACAGACAGGGAAGAAGAGCUGUUAAUUAUUGGCGCUUUGAAGGAGAGAGUUUCUCAGCUGGAAGCAGAAUUAAAAGAAUCAGCCCUCCAGACUGAGAUGAGCCGUCUGAAACUGGAACUUCAGGCUGCAGGAGCGAUGAACAGAGCCGGCAAAGCAUCUCUUACAAGACCGUCUCAUGUGAGCACGGGCGUCGACGCAAGGCCUCACACGAUGAGCCAGGGAGUGGGCAAUCACACAGAGGUCAAGGACGCAAGCACAGGAGAGGCCCGAGUGGUGAAGACUGUGGGAGUGUCCUGCAGUGGACCUGAGUUAAAGAAUGUUUGCACAGGACCAGAAGUACCCAUGAGCCAGUGGGAGGUCAGAAAACGAGUUGAAACCAGGGAAAUGGGGGUGGGGAUUCACGUUUUCACAAACACACAAGGAGUCGUGACAGAGAUAAAGUCGUGUGAUGCCGAAACCAACACAGAGGUACCAUUGGAGAGUCUGGUGUCAAAGAGCAGAAGCUGUCAUUCAGUGGCUUGUGGAGACUGCUCUGUAGAUGUGAUCAUCUGUGAACCAAAGGAAGUGGUUUCUGAAGGUAUGAUCACAGACCCAGUCAGAAGAGCUGAUCUGGGAAUCAUGGCAUCACCACUGACGGCUUCACAGCGAACCAACACCGUAUCCAGCUCCGUGUCUCGCUUUACCAACACCGGACAUGCCUUCAGCAUAGACACCAGCACUAAUACUCUCAUCAGUACCCAAGAUAAGCACACUAACACGACCCAGACUGUUACAAGGACUGUGUCUGUUGGGAACAAGGUCAGAGACAUCAAAUGCUCCACAGAGACCCGUACGAUCGGUGUCGGAACUUCAACUCCAGCAGGAAAUGCCUUAAAACCAAUCGGCACAGUAACAAAAGACGCUGGUGUUGGGUAUACGAACGUAAAUGAGAAUUUCCUGGUUGGACUGAAAACCCGAAAUAUGGCCUCGGGACCGUCUCAUCUACCUGACCCAAUCAAAACGAGAAGCAUCGGCGUGGGGGAAGGAAGGAUACGGGAUUUGUCAGUUGCAGGUAGCACACCUGGCCAGAGCUUCCAGCAAUCUCCACAGGCCCAGUGGGAUCUUGAGCUGAACCAUUACAUAGAGAAGAUGCAGAAGCUCCUCGGGGAACAUGGAGACCUACUAACAGAAGACUGCACUAAGCGAGGAAAUGGCGGCUCCGAGUUGUCCUGCAGUGACGCCGCUGCAUCACAAGGAAGAGGAGAAAUCCACCAUGGAAAUUCUCAGCCUCCAGUCAGCAGAGAGUUUCAGUGUUCAUCGCAGUUUCCAGUCCACUCUUCUACAUGCGAUGAACCAAAGUCAGGAAUCAGCCAGCGGGGUGGGAAUGAAUCUGAGGUGAAGAGAAUGAUACAGAUGUUAGAACAGCAGACAUCCUCAGCUCUGCAAGACAGGUCAGCCAACGGUGGUGCGCUGCGGCCUAUGAUCAGGAAACAGAACGGCGGCCAAGGCGGUAGCAGCAGCAGGAGAAAUAUGAAGCUUAUGAAAGUGACAACGGGGCUGGAGCCCAUGCCAAUGUACGAGCUCUCCGCCAGCGAGAAGGUGAACGCUGAGGAGGUGGAAAAGCGAGGGACUAAAAAGUUAAGGGGAGCCUCUCAGGACGGAACACAAGCAAGAAAGGGCAAAGGUGGAUCCAGCAGGGGAGUGAAAGGGUCUAUGAAGUCGCACUCGCAACAGAGGUGCAAGUUAAGCGAAAAAGUCUUCUUCUCUUGUCAAGCCUUAAAGGUGCAUCUAAGCGACGAGACGGCUUUAUCCAGCAGGGAAUUGCACGACUGUCUGCAAACACUGCAGCACGAGUGGUUCUCCGUGUCCAGCCACAAGUCCGCCGCUCCGGACCCUGUGGCCCACUACCUGUCAGCGUUGAGCGUCAUUUCACCUGCAGUGAUGCAACAUGUCAUCAACAUGGCUGACGGGAACGGAAACACAGCGCUGCACUACAGCGUGUCUCACUCCAACUUUGGGAUCGUCAAGAAGUUGCUCGAUACAGAGGUGUGCAACGUCAAUCAGCAGAACAAAGCAGGUUAUACUCCCAUCAUGCUGGCUGCACUGGCAGCUGUGGAAACGCCAGAGGACAUGGGAGUUGUGGAGCAGCUCUUCACUAAAGGAGAGGUCAACGCCAAGGCCAGCCAGGCCGGACAGACAGCUCUGAUGUUGGCUGUGAGUCAUGGCAGGAUGACCAUGGUGCAGACUCUGCUGGCCCUGGGGGCGGACGUCAAUCUGCAGGACGAUGAGGGCUCCACUGCUCUGAUGUGCGCGAGCGAGCAUGGCCACGCUGACAUCGUUAAACUGCUCCUCACACAGCCCGACUGCGAGGCCACGCUGGCCGACAGUGAUGAAAGCACGGCCCUGUCCAUUGCACUGGAGGCGGGACAUCAUGACAUCGCAGUGCUCCUUUACGCUCACACCAACUUCUCCAAAGCACAGACAGUGCAGGCAGCUGCUCGCCACAGUGGAAAGCCUUUCUCCUCCUCCUCUGGUGGCAGAAAUGACUUUGAAGCAUGAAUUCAGUGAGCAGAUGCAGUAUCAAUGUUGUCAUUAUUCACCAGCUGAUGUAAUGCUAGUCAUUCUCCAGUGACCUGUUAUGACCUGUAUAGCAGAUGUAUAACAGGGUUAUUAUAACAACAUUUGUUACCUAAAAUGUUCUUUAUUCAUUUAAUGUUAUUUUUUAUUUUUUUUAAAAUAAGAUAUUUUACGACUUAUGGAAGUUUCUCCACAAAACAGCUACAAAUGAAAUGAAAUAGGAUAAAGGCAUGCAAAUCCAUAUUUUUUUGUGAUUUAUCUUUUAUGUGAUGCUUUGCAGUGUCAGCACUGCUUUAACGUCAGAAUCACGAUGCAUGAUAAAUAUUUUAAACAUCUUUUAUCGUGUCAUUUUUUGCAUGUGAUUGCGGCACCAUCA